AUGGAUUUCCAGUCACUCGACGAUUCCUGUUUCCAGGAUCUUGCGUCAUACCAGCCUGCCGUGGACGAGCCAAAUAGCUUCUUCGAAGAUGUAGCUUUCCGUGAAGUUACACCAUACGAGCAGCCUGCCGCGAACGAGACAAAUCACUUCUUCGACGAGACCUGGCACCAUACUGGGAGAAACGAGAACAGACUCCUCGGAAACUAUCCCGCAAAUAUAACCGACAAUGGCGAGUACCUGUUUCCUUUUCCUGAUGCUUUUGAAACGCCUCUUUCGGUUGAUCAUCAUUCGGCGUUCCUACCUUGGCAUAGUUCGGAUUCACAAGAGUCCGACCUGUUCACCUCGUAUCUGUCUGGGCCGGACUUUAUGCAACACUGGCCUCAUCCGAUUACAUAUGACUCCGCUGUCGAGAUAGGUAGCGUCUCCAACGGCUCUGGAUAUCCAAUCGGAGGCUAUGUGUUUCUCACAGAUGAUGCAAAAGAAGGUAUCGCUACAUCGCUUGGCACUCCUUUUGACCCAAUACAAGAGUUGGAACCCCUUUUGAGCGAAAAGCUGGAGCCACAGCUAGCAUUGCCAACGCUUGCACCCAAGUCGAGGCGAACUCGCAUAAGCAAGGCGGCUAAGAAAGUCCUCGAAGAGCAUUUUGGAGCCAAUCCUUAUCCUAAUGAAUUCGAAACUUCGUCUCUUGUUCGAGCAACUCAUCUCACUGGCCGCACGAUCAAGGAUUGGUUCUCGAAUACGAGAUCGCGUAAGAAGAGUACCACGCACAUCCAGACAUUAGACUUAUUGAAUGAAUUCAAUGGAAUCGUACAGAAAUCCUCACGAUGCGCAAGCCCUGCGCAGUCUGUUUGCCGGGCUAGUCUCGAGGCGCUGGAAAAGCAUUCUCCAACUGCUAGCAUGAGUUCAUUACAGCGAUAUAUCGAGGCGCCUGUAGCCGAAGAGGCGAUUCCAAAGGAAGCCGUGGAUGCCAUAUGCAAACAGGUAGUCGACACAACAAGUACUCCGCCGGUGUCUGGCACAAAGUUCAGGACAGUAUUGGGCCGGCCUAGACGAGCUGCAUCUUCCCAUAAAUCAAACAGCGUCGCGGGCUCAAUUGGCUCCCGUGGAUCUGCACGAUCAGACAGUACACACAUAAGUGUCAAAUCCCAAGACUCACGGGGUUCUCGUCGCGGCCGUAAACUCUGGAAACGAGCACAGCAAGACGCAGAGUCUCACCCAGUUCAAGGAUCCAAAGUACCUUUCACCGCUUGCACGAGCCAAGCAGUGCCUACAGAUGGGCCCAAACAUCCAACUUUUGAAAAUACCGGUCUUCCUCUUCUUCCAUACUUUUGCACAUGGACAGACUGUAGCGCUCGAUUUAGAUUUCGCUGGGAGUGGGCACGUCACGAGACGGCUCUUCAUUAUCAGCCCUAUCAUUGGAUAUGCUGUCUCGCUGAAUCUAGGCUCAAGUUAAUUAGCCAAUGCUUCGUGUGCGGACUUCAUCCCACGACUGUUGGUCACAUCAUGGAUACGCAUUUCACUGAAUGCACCGUCAAAGAUCGUAGUGAGGUGACAUUCCUACGCGAGGAUCAGUUGCUCCAACAUAUCAAAGGAGUACACUCCCAGCAAAAGGCGUCCAAGAAAAUCUGCAAAGGGUUGAUAUGCAUCUUCAAGACUGAGAACCAAGAUCUGCAUAGCUCAGCACUUGACUGCGGCUUCUGCGGUCGAGCAAGCAAGUCUUGGGCGGAACGAGAGGAUCACGUUUUCGAGCAUCUCAAGGAAGGCAUGUGCAAGUCUGCAUGGUGGGUGGGGCGUUUCGCUCUACCUUCCAUCAGGAGCGCGCAUGGUGAAGAACCCACAUUGUCUGAGAUGGACAGAUCCACUAAACCAUCAUUGCGGAUCACAUGGUCCUGUCGAUACUUAUACGACCACCACGCAGUAUUCAUGACAACAAGUUUUCAUAGCGUUUCCCUCGUUUCCGAGUGUAAACUGUGCGCAUACUGUGUGACCGGGACUGAAGACGAAGUCAAAUACCGCGCGAACACAAGGCAACAUGCUGAGUCGCAUGGUUUGCGACUAUGCUCACAAGCGCAAUUCAGCACAGUUUCAGGCUUCAUGGGUCAUCUCGUAGCACACCAUGGUGCGAUACGCACAUUUCUGUCGGCCCAGAGACUGGAUUCCUGGACGUGCCAGCAGGAGAUGACUUGGUGGGGUGAGCAUUGUAUUGCUAGCACAGCGCACAUGCCUCCGAGGAGUAGAAUGUGUAAUGGAAAGCAGGAUCUCCUUGAUGGAUUGCCUUGUUUGUAG